UCGUCUCAAUGGGGUUAUUCAGGGGCAGCUUUACUCUCUUGGUGGGAAUGGGAUGCGGUGUCUAUAUAGCUCAGAACUACAACGUUCCAAACGUCAAGAAGCUGUUCAACACCUAUGUUUUCCUGGCAAAGCACAUCGAGGAAACCUACCGGAAGCCGAAGAAAGACGAUGAUUGAUCCUUCUACAUUGGUCUUCUCUGCUAUGCCCUGGGAAAGUGAAGUACAGCUAACGUGAUACGGAACAUUUUUGAAUUGGCGAGGGCAGUUUUGGUGAUCGACAGGUUAUGGACUAUGGUGUAUUAUCUUGGUUAGUUGUGGCAUUGAGUUCCUGUAAAAAAUUUUGGUCUGUUUAGACCAUGAAACGAGCACUCCCCUUCGGUCAUGUUCCUGUGCCGGGGAAAUACACUGAACUCUGCAGUUGAAGUGUGGCGUUGGAUAAUCUCGCAUCCUAACAUGGGAUGCACUGAUAUGUUUAGAUUUGCUUUGUUUUCUUAAAUUGUAGUUUUCCUGGACCUGUCACUCAAAA